AUCCAGCACUUGAUUUUUGAAACUAAACUAGUUCAUUUUAAGAAUUGCGAAUUUCUUUCGUCUUCUAAUAGGAUGGAGAUACACAUUAGAGGUUAGUUUAUAUUAAAAUAUGCUGUCAUGCAAUUUGAUUGGACGUGAUGUUUUUGGAUGGAUGGUCGUCCUUUUAGUUUGGAGUAGGCCACAAAACAUACAUGACACUACAAAAAAGCAGGGAAUGCCCUGAUAACAAGUUGGAACUUGGAAAUAGAAGUCAUUUUUUGCUCUGAAAUAGCAGUACUUUUAGGAUGACAUCUUUGUCCCUUUAAACUAAGACACUGCAUACAACUAGGAGAGUAUUAUAUAUUCACCCAUGCAAACCAUCUUUAAUCCACCAAUAAUCUCAACAUAAACCAGAACAUAAACCAAAACCAUGUCAACCUGGCAAUUCUACCUUCUUCUAGUUUGCAUUUUCUUGUCAAUAGGGCUGAACAGUGCAUCAAGGUUCAGGCUUCAAAAUAGAUGCAACGGCACAGUUUGGGCAGGGAUCCAAGGAGGCACAGGACAUCCUCAUAUGAAGAACGGAGGCAUUCAAAUAAGAUCAGGAGAUACAAUAGCCGUGGAUGCGCCAAAGAAAUGGUCUGGAAGGUUUUGGGGACGACAAGAUUGUUUCUUCGACAAUAAAGGCAAAGGGAGUUGUCUGACUGGAGACUGUGAUGGACUUCUACAAUGUGGCGGUAAAGGAUGGACACCACCAGUUAGUGUUGCCCAUUUCAAGCUUGACAGUCCAGUGGAUUACUACUAUGUUAGCCUUGUUGAUGGUUAUAAUCUUCCAAUUUCAAUCAUACCGACUGCUGGUUCUGGCAAUAAUUGCAAACCAAUAAGAUGCUUCUCAGACUUGAAUAUUAUUUGUCCGCAUGAUCUUCAAUUUGUGAACCAACAAGGCAAGGUGGUGGCUUGUAACAGCGCUUGUCAAGCAUUUAAUCUUCCUGAAUAUUGUUGUAGUGGAAGUUUCAACUCCUCCGUUACUUGUAAAGCUUCUCAGUUCUCCCAAGUUUUUAAGUCAGCAUGUCCCAACGCUUAUAGCUAUGCCUUUGAUAACAACUCCACCACUUUUACUUGCAAAGGAGCCGACUAUUUCAUUAGAUUUUGCUAAAUAUAUACUACUUUUCAGUUCAUGAUCAACUAAAAUGAUUUCAUGUCUAUCGUCCAUUAUUUAUUCAAACUAAUAAUACUAUAAAAAUGUUCAAAAA